UUAUGUUAAGAAUGGCUUUAGAUCUCAGAAUCUCAUGUCAAGGUGAACCAUCCUGGAAUGAUCCUGGGUCAGAAAAUCUAGAGCUUAAUACUAGCCAAGGACCUCCUAUCCAAGAGGGAGAGGGGAUCUCUGGGUCCCCAAGCACUGAGCUCAGCUUAUUGUCAAACAGCAAUAACUUGUGUGCAAGGCAGGAACUGCAAAGACUCUAUAAGUCAUUUCACUCAUGGCUGCAACCAGAAAAACACAGCAAGGAUGAAAUUAUUUCUUGUUUGGUCCUGGAACAAUUUAUGAUCAAUAGGCACUGCAGUGAGAGGUCUACAUUGAAGGAGAAAUGGAAUUCAAGUGGCAGAAACCUGGAGAAAUUCAUGGAAGACCUGAGUGAUGAUUGCAUAAAGCCACCUGGCUUAGUCCAUGUCCACAUGCGGGGACAGGAAGCCCUCUUUUCUGAGAAUAUGCCCUUAAGAGAAGUUAUCAUUCACUUCGCAAAACAGUUGUCAGCNNGAACCUCGACAGCAGCAAACAUGAAGAUACCCUCCUGGACUCCCCAAGAUACUUCCCUGGAAACAGAACAAAGAGAUGAAGAUAAAGAAAAUGAUGGCAGUAUUUCUUUGGAAACGUGUCAAGUAAAUGACAGUACUACUAGUCAAGGCCAUCAAAUACCUUCCCUACUUGUCAUCCAGGAAGAGAGCUGUCCCAGGCCUGAAGAGGGACAUGUUUCUGUGGAGAAUUUGCUCAACUCUAGAAGAGCAGGUCUAAGCACCUCCAGGUCCCAGGAGGGGUCCCUGAAAGGACCACCUUAUCAAGAUGUCCUGAUGGAGGUGGGACCAGUGUUUCUCUCCAGGCCAGAUCAGGUCACUCCUGAGCCUGUUCCUACCCAUCAGAGCAAUGUGGGAAACUCCACAUAUGGGGAACACCAAGAAAGAUUCCACAGAGCACAAAAGUCAUACCAAUGUGACAAGUGUCCCAAGAUCUUUAGGUAUUUCUCUCGGUUGAAAAUCCACCAGAGAAGACACAAUAAUGAGAGGACAUUUAUUUGUGCUAAGUGUAACAAAGGCUUCUUCCAGGCCUCAGAUCUACACGUUCAUCAGAAGAUUCACACAGGAGAAAGGCCUUUCAGGUGUGGCACAUGUGAAAUGUCAUUCAGCCACAGAACAAAUCUUGUGGCUCAUGAGAGAAUUCACACUGGAGAGAAGCCCUAUGUGUGUUCCUUGUGCCAGAGAAGCUACCGCCAAUCAUCUACCUACCACCGCCACCUGAGGACACACCAGAGACUUGCCUUCAGAUGUGUUUCCUCCGCACCAGAAGCUUCCUCGAUGUAA